AUGGCGGGUACUCUGCCUCCCUUCUUCGAGAUUUCCGACGAGGAUCAUGGUGGAUAUGUUGCCGUCACUGUCUACACCUUAUUGUCAUUGACCAUCUGUGUUGUUCUCACCCGCUUGUUCAGCAGGUGGUAUAUCGGGCGAGUUCUCCAUGCCGAUGAUAUUUUGCUAGCAGCAGCCACAUUAUCUGGAUUAUUGCAAAGUAUCAUUGUCCAUCUAGCAAUCUCCAGUGGACUGGGUCGCAAACACCCCACCGUCGACAAUAUUCACUUUAAAGAGUUUCUAAAGUACGAAUAUGUCGCACAAAUUCUCCUUGUCGUGACUAUAGCACUGGCCAAAGUUUCGUCCGCUCUACUCUUCAAGAGUACACUUACGUCGCGAACAUUUACAUGGGGAAAUUGGGCGUUGAUUGGGGUCAUAACCGCAUGGUCUAUUGCAUCCAUUCUAGCUAUGGCCUUCCGAUGCGCUCUACCAACUCCCUGGGAAUGGGUACCGGACCAAUGCAUCAACCAGUCCGCUCUUUUCAAAGCCAGCGCAUCAUUUAAUAUUAUUACUGAUGUCGCCCUCGUGGUUUUCCCAUGCAUCUUGCUCCGCGACGUGCAGCUGUCCCGAUGGAAAAGGUUUAGAAUCAUGAUAUUGAUCGCCAGCAAACUGAUAGUAUGUGCGGCGACGGGAGUUGAGAUCCACUACGUUCUUAACUUACUCGCAUCACCCGACCUUAUGUGGGCAAGCACCAACUCUACAGUCUGGGACCAAGUCAUGAUGAACUUGAGCAUAAUCACAACCGCCCUCCCAUCUCUCGGACGACUAGUCGUCGAACUCCAACCCGAUAUCUACGCAUUCACUAUUCACGACGAUCCCGCCGACGCCCACAAAUCCGACAAAUACAAUAUAUCAACUAUGCGAAAGUCAUACGGCGCCCGUGGCGAUCCCCCACUCAGUCCCGGAACUUCGGUGCAGGUCACCAGCGGAUGGCGGGAAUCCUUCCAAGACGACGCCGAAAGCAUGGAGGGACUAGUCAACCCACCCAACGUAAUCCAACAAACGAUACAUUUCGAGGUCCAUUAA